AUGACUGAUUCGUACAGAAUUUUUCAUGACACCAACGAGUCUACGUCUGUCUCUUCGGCUGCUCGAUUCGCCACCAUCAUCAGUGUCUACGCUUCCCCAAUGGCCAGCCCCGACGAGUUGAAUAAUAAAUUCUACGAGGACCUGCGCGUCCUCCUGGCGACUGUACCGAAAGUGGAAAAGGUGGUUUUCCCCGGUGAAUUCAACGCCUGCGUCGGGACAAACAAACUGGCUGGGGGAGGGAAGGGACAGAGAGAGCUGGAUCCGCAUAGAAUCGUUGGCUAUAAUGACACAAGUCUCCUCCUUCUGCGAACCUGCGCAGAACACCGUCUCGCCUCCUCAUGA